GGCAGAGGUAUCUUCUUGUUCAGGAAGCUGAAGGACCUGGCCGAGUGGAGAACGAAAGAGUUCUGCUUUCCACUGCUGGAGACACACAGCGAGACAUUCAUCGUUCAGAAAUACGUGGAGAACCCGUACCUUCUGGCAGGUUCGUGUUUCCCCGCGACAGCGACGCUUUCAGACGGCUUAUCGCCCCGAAGAAUGGCCGUGUUGUCGGGGUGAAUGCCUCAAUACCCCCGAAAGCGUGCCUGGGGCUGAAAUCCGCGAGGCUUUGUGGUCGGGCGUCGCGAAAAGGAAGAAUACUCGAACGAUUCGAAAGCACUUUCUUCAAUGGUCUCGCGAGGAGAAGAAAUUGUCCGUGUUCCUUCGGAGAAGCAAACCAGCAGGGAAAGUUUGUAAACGUUUUCGUCAUUUACAUUUCAGGAAGGAAAUUCGACCUGCGCAUCUACGCCCUGGUGACCUCGUUUCAUCCACCGAAGGUGUGGUUGGCUAGAGAAGGCUUCGCCCGUUUAUCAGCCGAGCUGUUCGACUUGGAGAACAUAGACGACAGCAGGGUGCACUUGACGAACAUGGCGAUACAGCUGAAGACGAACGUGGAGAACAAGAAGGAAGAGCUGAAGAAAGGUUGCAAAUGGGCCUUGACCAAGGUCAGAGAGUACUUGACCGCUCGUCACGGGGUGGACGCCGUUGAAGCGCUGUUCCAGAGGAUUGCUGGUCAGUCGGGUGUAUUCGCGGUGGAUGGUUUACCUGCUAGCUUCUACCUGAGCGAGGCAAUCUUCUCUUUUAUCGUAGGUGUGAUAAUGGCCAGCCUGCUGGCGGUUCAGCCCGUGAUAAUGCAAGGAAGGAAUUCUUUCGAGUUGUAUGGCUACGAUAUUCUUCUCGACGAGGGUCUCACACCCUGGUUGCUGGAAGUGAACGCCUCGCCAGCCUUGACCGGGACCGACAGCGACGAUUAUCGGCUAAAGUUCGACCUCAUCGACGACACGCUCAACGUUCUCGACAUCGAGGGUCGAUUCUCGGGCAGGGAAACGAGAAUCGGCGGUUUCGAUCUCCUGUGGAACGACGGCCCCGUGUGGACCGCUUGUCCUAAUCCCUCUAUCUGCGGCGAGCCGCCCAAUGACCUCAGAAAACUCAACAUUUACCUUGGGGCUCGGAACGACCGCGUCGGACAGUUACGUCAGCUUCGCAACUGCCUGAACGGAAGACGCAAUAAAACCGCACGGUUGGCCACGGCUGCCAACUGCGUAUGAAACAUAGCUCUCGACAAAAAUUGAAUCUUUUAAAUAGAACUCUGAUUUCUCUCGCGUAUCACAAGUUAGGUUUGAUUCGUGAUUUUUAUCCGACGAGGAAUUUUACACCGGGGAUAGAGACUCCACACAGAGGAGUCGGAAAUGUUGUUUUUGCACGGUGCGUCGGCGUAAUGGUCGGCAGAUUAGCGUCGUUUGCGGCUCUCCGUAAAAUUAACGCGAUUUGCGGUCGAGUUUCGUCUUCGCGCGUUGCACGGACUGGAUGGGGGAAUUAGCUUUGCGCAAGAACGAAAAGUGCGACGGGGUAAAAUGCGAGGAACCGUACACAAAGUGUUCCCUUUUCAUUUUUAUGAGACCGGGGGUUGUAAAACGAUCGAGGGGUGAAAGUAGACAUCGAAGUCCCACCUGUGAAUGGUAUUUUCAAACAUUUUUCAAACGAACCGAUGAAAACCAACAUCAAAACAAAUUAAUAAUAGAAGUCAGAGAAUUUCUUUCACCGUAAAUAAUUUGCAACCAGGGACUCGCUGAAACGAUGACUCGAGUUUUACAAAUGGUUGCGUAAUGCUAUACAAUCAGUCGAAAAUCCGGUUUAUGAAGUGCUCUGUUCUUUCGAUUCUCUCGAGCUGCAUCAUCGCGCACAAUGGCAGGAUAUCAGUUUCCAGCGAUUCCCAGGUACAAAGCAAAUUCGUCGAGACUCUUGCACAGAGAAUCGCCAGUCAGUUAAAAAAUAACACGCCUUUGCAGCUCGCGUUUCGAUUCCAAUUCAAGUAUCGCAACAAACCGGCGCAACCGUUUUUCCCUUCACGGGAAAUAAAUUCUCGUUUCCGCUCCGCGAAACGUUCGACGAUUCGGUUUGAUUAAAGUAGCCAUUUCCAGUGGAUGCGCGGAAUGUUAUACAGCAUGUAAAAGUAGUAUGUCAAUGUUUGACUAUCGUGGCAUCAAAGUUUUAAAAAAAAAAAAAAAAAAAAAAAAAAAUUAUUUUUAUUAUUAUUAAAACGUAUCAUUUUCUUAACGCCGUCUAGUCACCUUCAGCGAGUUCAACAAAGUCGUCUAAAUAAAGCAGAAACAGGGGAAUAUCGUGACGAUGUUCCCAGAGUCCCCCUGUUGUAUGCGUUUACACGUGCACGGAGCCAUCGAUGUUUCAGGGAGUAAACAACAGAUAAGGAACUAUCCUCAGCUUUACCCCGAUAGGUUGGGAAUGUCUUUCGAAAGUUUUUCAAGAAAAAAAAAAAAAAAAAAACAAAGCAGCCCGUGCGCAAUUUUUCACAGUCACGUCACGCGAAUCUUUUCUUUCCAUGCAACGUUUCCGACAUAUUUUUCUUCCGUGCAAUUUUCCUCGGACUCCUCAACGCGAAUCUUUUUUUCCUCGGCUCCGUUGCAAUUUUUCUCGGACAUUUCACACGGCCAUUUCUUUUUUCCUCCUUCUAUCCGAUUUGUUCUCAGAUCUCGGAACAUGGUCCGACCCGUCGGACUCUACGCCAUCGAAAUCUCGUUUUUCUCGUCCGAUUCAAUUUCAUUGUAGCUACGUGGCAACAGCGGCUGCGGCACCAACUGGCUGAGACUAACGAGCACGAAUUUGCUCAAUGCCGUGCGCCUGGCGCAUAAAUGUAUAUGCAUAUUCAUACGAGGCUGCACACGGUCAUGCGCCCACCGUGGGCAGCAUAAUCCUUCCUCUCCUGCCCCGCGACUCGUUCCACUUCCGUGAACCUAAUUUUUUUCGAUGGGCGACGGAAAUUUUCAUGAAAAUCGACCGGCGUCGUCGGUUUUGCGCGACCGAGACAAAACUCCAAGUGUAGGAUGUAAACAACGGCAUAAAACGAAGGCGCAGUCACGUUCGUAACAACGACGGCGAUACUGACCCUCUGUCGUAUGCAAUAACUGUCUCGAAAGUAAAUUAUGAAGAUAUCCUCGUGGCUCGCGACGAAGGACGAGGGUUCAAUGAUGUAUGCCUCGCACGAAACGAAACACGAUACGAGGUAUAUAUCCCGCGCCGUGUUACAAAAAA